UAUAAAGCAUCACUCCCACUACACUAACGCGCCGUUUCUCUCUCUUCCUCGACACCAAAAACCCAUUUUCUUUCCAACUCACUCCGCAUGGAUCCACCACCACCUCCUCCACCAGCGGCUCCACCUCUUACUCCUACACCAGCAGCCGUCGUCACCACAACCAACACCACAACCAACUUACCCACCCACCUAAACGCGCCCACCUAUACUGAAUCCAUUGACUCUUCCCCUCGUUCUCUCAACACCGAUUCCUGGGAUGACCCACCAGCUCCUGCCGGCGGCGGAGCCGUCACCACCAAGCUUAGACUCAUGUGUAGCUACGGCGGCCAUAUCGUUCCUCGUCCGCACGACAAGUCGUUGUGCUACGUCGGCGGGGAUACUCGAAUCGUUGUCGUGGACCGCCAUACGAGUCUCGCGUCCCUUUCUUCACGCCUCUCCCGUACUCUUCUCAACGACCGACCGUUUACUCUCAAGUAUCAGCUCCCGACUGAGGACCUGGAUUCUCUCAUAUCCGUCACAAUUGAUGAAGAUUUGGAGAACAUGAUCGACGAGUAUGAUCGGACAUCUGGAAGUUCUUCAAAACCCUCUCGAUUGAGGCUUUUCCUGUUCCCCUUGAAGCCCGAUUCGUCACAGUCUAUUGGGCCACUUCUGGAAAAUUCUGCCAAGUCUGACGACUGGUUCUUGAACGCGUUGAACGGGGCUGGGUUGUUAAACAGGGGAUUCUCUGAUUCGGCCUCAGUGAAUUGCUUACUGGGUCUAGAUGAUGAUGCUGCGAAUGGGAGUAAUAUUGUGAGAGAUACGGAGGGUUCACAGAAGAAUGUGAAGCAGGGUCAAGGACAGGAUGUACACUCGGUACCAGAUUCGCCCAUGUUAGAGACGACAUCGUCUUUUGGGUCAACAUCGUCAUCGCCUUCGUUGGCGAACUUGCCCCCAAUUAGGGUGCAGGUGGAGGACCGUGGUGGUGUUAAAAUUGAGCAGGAUCAGAAGGUUGUGGGGAUUGAGGAGCAAUUUAUGCAGAUGGGUUUUGGUACGGGGCAGAAGCAGGAUGAGGGUUUUGUGGUUCUGUCCUCGGCGCCUCCGCCUCCUUUGCCGGGGACAAUUUCGGUGCCUGGUAUGCCCGUGAGCUCGGGGGUUGUUGCUGGGGACUAUUCCAAUCGGGUGAUCUCCGAUGAUGAGAGAUCGGACCAUGGCGUGCCGGUUGGGUAUCGGAAACCACCAACAUCACAGUCACAACAACAGCAGCAACAGACUUUUCUUCCACAGUCGCAACAGAAGUCAAGCGGUGGCCUUGAUUUGCCUUCCCCAGAUUCAGUUUCAAGUGAUAGUAGUUUAACAAAUGCAAUAGCUCGACAAAAACAACUAAUUUAUCAAGACCAAGUUGUUCAAGUGCCCUCUGGAAUUACCAGGUUUCCUGCUAGUCCUGUUGAUCCAAAAAUUAAUGUCUCUGAUCCAAACAAUCGGGUCCAAUUACCACCGCAGCAGUUACAACAACAGGUUCACGAUUCUGGUUUGCAAUCCCAAUUUGAGCAGCAGCAGCAGCGACAGGUUCACGAGUCUGGUUAUGUGUUGCAAUCCCAAUUUGAGCAGCAGUCGCAGCAGCAGCAGCAACAACAACAGGUUCACGAUUCUGGUUAUGUGUUGCAAUCCCAAUUUGAGCAGCAGUCGCAGCAGCAGCAGCAACAACAACAGGUUCACGAUUCUGGUUAUGUGUUGCAAUCCCAAUUCGAGCAGCAGCAGCUGCAACAACAACAACAGAGACAACAGCCACAACAAUUCAUUCAUGCUGGUACUCACUACAUUCAACAACACCCCACUGGGGCAGUGCCUACAUAUUAUCCUGUGUACCAUUCCCAGCCACAACACCUGCAACAACAACAUCAUCAGCUUGAUCAUCAAUUCCCAAUGUACUAUAUGCCCGCUCGACAACAACCCCAGGGUUACAAUUUGCCUGUACAGCAAUCUAGUAUCAGUGAUGCCGCCAAUACUAUGCCUUCUAGCCGCUCCCAAACUCCCCCAAAUCCCACAAUUGUGGCUCCUUCAGCAGGAUACAAUCAUGUUCGAAAUGUUCCUCUUUCAGCUAAGCCGGAAAUGAUUGCUUCAAACAUGUAUAGGACAGCAAAUGCAGGUGGAACGUCGCUGCUUCAAGUGCCUUCAAGUCAGCAUCAGCAGCAGUAUGUUGGUUACUCCCAGAUUCAUCAUCCUUCGCAGUCUGGUGGCCCCCCUACUACUGCAGCUACAAACUUUGUCUAUGAAUACACAGAUCCUGCACACCACCAAGUAUACUACACUCAGCCUUUAGCACCCUCAAUGCCUUCUCAGUACCAAACCAUGACUACUGCAUCUGGUGUAGCAAUGCCAGAGGUUUCUCUUCAGAUUCCCACCGAGAACAUCAAGCAGCAGAUUAGAACUUCACAAGCACAGUAAAUCACUCAAGGAAGGAUAAACAAUUUUGAGGAAAGGGUUUGCUUUUAUAUCUAUAUUGGUAUUGUUUUGUGGUUAUGUAUUUGUGGUAGAUAAUAAGGAAACUCUUUUUUGUUGUCUCAUUUAAAUUUGUUGCUGUUGUCAAAGGAAAAGAAAAGUGGUCCAAGAGUAUACUUGUAAAAGCUCAAAACUCAUAUUGUGUGCUUGAAUUAUGGGAAUUUAGUUAUCCAUUACUGAAUAAAUGUAAUAUAAUUGGGAGUUUAGUUUGCAUUA